CCAAACUCCCAGCUUGCCGGCAACGUCUUUUGCUUUGCUGCUACUGUUCUUGCCUUCUUGCCCUCCACACUGUCCACGUCUCUCCAAACUCCAAGACUCCAUCGCCAUCAACAACGCGGCGACCAUGGCGUCCUCCGCCGCCGCCGCCGCGGCAACGGACCGCAUCGCCCUCGUCAAGGCCUUCGACGAGACACGCACCGGCGUCCGCGGCCUCGUCGAGUCCGGCGUCUCUGCCGUCCCGGUCAUCUUCCGCCACCCCGACCCCUACGCCUCCGUCCCCCUCGCUCCACCCGGCGUCUCCAUCCCCGUCGUCAACCUCUCCCUCCCCGCGCCGCUCGCCGCCGAGGCCGCGGCGGGAGCCGCGCGCGACUGGGGGUUCUUCUACCUCGUCAACCACCACGCCCUUGUCCCCUCCGGCUUCACCGCCGGGCUCCUCGCCGCCGUCCGCGCCUUCAACGAGCUCCCCGCCGCGGAGCGCGCCGCGCACUACGGCCGCUCCGUGGACGGCGGGGUCAGCUACUCCUCCAACGUCGACCUGUACCGGUCGGGCGCCGCGAGCUGGCGCGACACGAUCCAGGUCGUGCUCGGGCCCUCGCGGCCCGACGCGGAGCGCAUCCCGGCGGCGUGCCGCGCCGAGGUCGUCGGCUGGGACGCGCACGCCACCGCCGUGGCCCGCGCCGUCAUGGCGCUGCUCUGCGAGGGGCUCGGCCUCCGGGGCGAGACGCUGGAGGAGGCCUCCUGCCUCGAGGGGAAAUUGAUGGUGUGCCACUACUACCCGGUGUGCCCUGAGCCCGAGCGCACCAUGGGGAUCGUCCCGCACACGGACCCCGGCGUGCUCACCGUCCUCGCGCAGGACGGCGUCGGUGGCCUGCAGGUGAAGCACACGAACGAGGAUGGGGAGAGCUACUGGGUGGAUACCAAGCCUGUGCCUGGCGCUCUUGUGAUCAAUGUCGGGGACCUAUUGCAGGUAAAAUUCACUCGAUUGAUCAUGUCUAAUGAUAAGUACAAGAGUGUGGAACACCGGGUAGUAAUGAAGUCGCAUGAAGAAGCCAGAGUUUCAAGCGCCAUCUUUUACAAUCCUGGCAAGAGAGGCGACUCUGUUUUUUAUGGACCAUUGCCAGAUCUGAUUUCUUCGGGAAACCCACCAAAGUACAGGAAUUUUACUAUGUCUGAGUUUCUGGGGGCCUUCUUUAAACGAGACCUUGCGAGCAAAGCUCUCAUCGAGCACUUCAAAAUAUAAAGUUAUUCAAAUGUUGCAGAUAAAAAGGUUUAAACUUCUGUGAACUUUGUAGAUGUCGAUACUGAUAGUGUGAUGUUGGUGUUCUACUUCUUAAUCAUAAAAGCCUCAUAGAGUGUUCUUCAAAUAGAUAAAAGGUUUAAACUUCUAUAAACUACAUUGAUGCCGUUGCCGAUAAUGUAAUGCCAUGGUUCUACUUGAUCAUAAAAGUCGUGCCUUUGUAUCUUUUGUAUAUGCCUCACAUGGAUGCUAGAUUGUACAACCAUUUCAAGAGCUGGUUUAUUUGCGCAGCCCAGCAAUGUAAAUAAGUUUUAACAUGUCUGAUUUUUCGUGGAACUUUUUGGACUAGAA